CUUGUUGGUGUUAGCAAAAGUACCGAACAUGCUAAGCCCUAGCUAUUAAGCCUGCUUAUGGUUUCAGACAUGACGACUGAAGCAUUCGACACUCUUGCUUACUCGCAAAGUCCUAAAACAACAAAGAGAACAACGUUCCAGGAUGAACUUGAAGCUGCUCUCACAGUUCGAGCCAGAAAAAAAACACCAUUUUUGUAUUCAGAAGAUUUGGAUGAGGCUGGUGACGAUUUUUUGGACACCCUUCUUAAAACAAGAAAAAGCAGGUCUGAUGCAUUCAAAGCCAGCAAGACGAAAAGCAGAAUCAACGACUUUGACUUCUCUGAUGAUGAUGAUGAUGACGAAACGCAAGGGACAAAAAAGAGUUCCUUCUUGAAAUCUCUUAAAAGAAUUUCUUUUGAGGCAGAUACGUUUGCCCCACCGAGUGAACAUGAGGUUACAACCAAAUGUCAGUCAUCUAAUGAAGAUGACGUACGGGAUAACUCCAGUACAUUACUUUCAUCCCAGACAGAUGAUGUUCCUCCAGAUUUGCCUUUACCCUUCCACAGCAGUACAUCUCCAACACCUAUUAGGCUUGAUAGUAGAGCAGACACGAGUAGAGAGACAUUUUGUAAUGAAAGCUUCCGGUCUUCAUUGGACCCUGACCUUAAAUGUGUGACAACUGCUGGUAUCCAGCAGGAGACUCCCAAACCCAAACCGAGACAAAGGACUAUGGGGUUGAACAUCCGCGUGACAGAGAAAAAUGAAAAUUCUCCAUCAGGUCCCCUUGCUGCCAAUAUAUGCAACGUCACUGACGUCUCAUCUGAGAGGAUGCCAACAAGGAGCCGCAGUCCCCAAUUGACAGAUGGAUGCUGUGCUGAUUCAUGCGUUUCAAAUGACGUCACUGUAGGUGACACCAAAGGACAAGAGCUGGCACACACCACAUUCGGGAAAGAGGCUAAUCAGGAAGAGUCGGGAGAUCACGCCAUUGCUCAGGUCACUCAAGUUCAAAACAAAUCUGAUAUUAGAGCAUCUAGUUCUCAGUCUCAGAGACCCAGCACUGCACACAAGAAGGUCGAAUCAAAAUAUCUGGGAACCCUCAAAAUUCUGGAUAGUAAGAUUUCCCAAGAUUGUCAACCACAAAGUGCCAAUUACGUCAGGGCUACUGUUUACCAGGAAUGGCUCAGAAAGAAAAAGGAAAAGUCCUCUGAGAACUUAAACAAAGAGAAGCUUCUGCAAGAGCAAAGCAAAAAGAGAGAAGAAGAAAAGAAGAAAGAUGCCGCCGCUUCAUAUGAGGCUUGGAAAGCAAAGAAAACUGAGCUGCUCAAAGCAAGAACAAAGAAAGACAAAAAUAAGAUGAGCAAAGAGCAAAGAGCGGUGGAAGAGGUUCAGGAAAAGAGGAAAGCAGCCGAACAGGUGUUUUAUCAAUGGAAGCGCGAGCAUGACGAAUUACUCCGAGAAAAGUAUCAACAGCAAAGAGCCACCGAAAGGAAACUUGCACUGAAGAAACAGAAGGAGGAGGAAGAACGAAAGAAGGACAGCAAAUCUGCUUUUUCUAACUGGUGCGAAAAGAAGACCGAUGCCCUGUCCAAAAGAGUCUCGACAGAACGCCUGGAGAGCAGAUAUAAAGCAGAGGAGCAUCAAUAUAUCCAGGAGGAGAAGGAUAAAAUGGCGAUAGAGACGUUUGAACAGUGGCUGGCAAAGAAGGAUAUGCAACAAAAGCGACAGAGAGAAGAAAGGCGAAUCCAAGUGAUACUUCGAGACAGUCCGCCCCCACCAUGGAGUCCUCCCAAUAAAACCAUUCAAUUUGGCAAAUAACUCAAAUAAAUUUGAAACACGGAAUGUCCGUGCGUCGUUCAAAUAGUUUCAUGGAAACGCGCUGUGAGUGGCAGGUGGCAAGUCCGAGAGUGAAGCUGGAAUAGGCCACCGGAAACUGGUGAAGGAUGCAUGUGAGGGCAUUUGAAAAUGUAGAAUAGAAAAUAUUGCAUUUUCAUCAUGAUUUUCAUAUUAAUGAAGAAUGGAAAGUAAUAGAGUUCAGAAAUGGAUUAGAGUAGCAUCAUAUGACAGUAAAGAACGUGCUGGUCGGUUUUGUAGUUAGAAUUUUUGUCAUUUCAUGUUUGCUUAGGUAGUCUCUUUACCAAAGUGUAGCACCUAAUUCAAAUCGGGUGUUGAACGGCUGCGUUGCGGUCUUUUAAUAUAUGAAAACACCACAUAUCUACAACCUACAGACCUUCCAUUUCAAAUAUUGGCACAGAUUGGACAUUUAAAUGGCAAGAAAUGAGCCUGGAAUAAAUUAAACAUACAACAAAAUAAGUUAUCCAUGGUAGAAGAUCCAAAGUCCCGAGAAUUACGUCCCAAAAGCGUGUCAAUGUGAGCGAAAGGAUGGCUAUUGGCGGUCUCAUGGGAGGAUACUUUGCAAAGACACAACGUAGCCGCCGUUCACAGCAAGUAUAAAUUGCUUCCGCGAAGAAAACGGAACGCAGUAGUUCCGCAGCCGGUGUGAAUUAGGCGUAUGAAAUUGACGUGAAUAAAAUGUCCCAGUUUAGGACUGCAGGGUACAAUGACUUUAUGUUGUACAAACAGAUUUUUCCCUCCAUUCCUUUGUAUGUCUGGUACAAGUGAAGGAAUUGACAAUAAAACAGACUGUGAUCUUCAAAA